AUGUCACAAGCAGACCAGACGACAGCAACAACCAAGCCCACAGAUUCGGCAGUGGUAGACCCCAAUGUCAUGUCCUGGCUCCGCCUUUGGCACGAACGCCUAGCCCACGCCAACCUGCGCGCCUGCGUCGUGCUGGGCCGCAACGGCGACGCGGGCGAGAUCCCCGAGGGUCUGCCCAAGGGCCCCGAGGACAAGUUUGACGGCCUGCAGCCGUACCUGGACGCGCUCAACUGUGAUGCGUGUCGAGAGGUCUAUGGAAACCCUUCGGGUCCCUCUUCGUGGUAA